AUGAGUGCUAGUCAAGACGAAUUCGCUCCACCGAUGUGUCGAAUUUUGUCAUCAAUAAGAUCUGAUCUGCAAUGUGUCCAGAAAUAUCCUGAGAAUGAUUGCUCGGAAAGUGCUCUCGAAGUGAUUGGACCGCUUGAGAGUGAGACUGAUCACAUGUAUACACAGUUUACCUGUGAUUAUGUCACUAAUAUUGCAGCACUUGCGGGUAGUACCAAUUCCCCACUGGGAAUACUUUCAGAUGACAAUAUUCCAUAUAAUGUAUUGUAUACAUUCCAUGAAGUCGACACAAUUUGUCUAACAAACGUGAAGUCCGUCGCGUGGAAAGGCAUUUAUGAUGCAAUCUGCGCUAAUCAGCAGCAGUUAUCACUGCAGAAGCAAUGUUUCUUAAAUGCAUCUAAUUUAGUUCAAUGCAAUAAAAAACCUCAAAACAAUACUGUUUGUGAUGCCUUGGAGCAAUUUAGUAACAAUAUUGACUGCGCAUUACGUGUGAUGGUUGACGUAUGCACUAUUGAAGCACAAAAUGUUGCUGUAAAUGUGCAAGAUGCAUUAAAUGAUAAUUUGAUUAUGAAUCAUUGUUACAAGGAAACAACAAAAGAUAAUGCAUUGGGUGAUUCAGGAUUCAAGUUAGAACCAAAAAAUCCAAGCUGUUCCUCAGAACAAGAAAAUUUGGCUUUGGCAUGUUUAGUAGAAUUAGUUGAAGUCAAUCGAAAAAUCACCGAAUUGAAUAAUGUAAAUUUUCUGAAUGAAAUAAGCGAAGAUAAUUCAAGUAUAAUAUUUGAAAUAUGCAAUUUAUAUCAAAAAUAUGAAAUGUGUAUCAAUACUACAGUAUUUACUCGUUCUGGUGGCAAACGCUGUGCUUUUAAUUCUCCUCUUAACAGUCUUGCCAGAAUUGGUUUAUCUCCCAUCUGCAACGAAGUUACACGUUCACUAUUCCAAAAAAACCAGCAGUGUAUCCAAAAAGUCAAGCAAAGAACGAGCAUUUGUCAAUCUGGUUUAAACAGCCUUGGUCCUGCUAUACAUUUUAUGCUACAGGGCAUACAUGGAGAAGCACAUUUAUGUAAUUCAUUUUAUCGUAUUCGAGAUGCAUUCAGUUGCGGUGAAAAAUUAUUUACUGAAACGUGUACAAGUGAAGUUGCCUCAGAGUUACGUGAAAUUGGAAAAUGGAUUUCUAUGUUAGGUAUUGAAGAAGGUUGUCCUGAAAAUCCUCCAAGUAAUAUGCAAGAAAUUCUUACGCGAUCGUUUGCUGAUUCAUCACGCAAAGCAACUAAAAGUCACGUAGAAGCGUCAUCUGUGCCGAGCAUGACGUGCAGUGUUGAGAAGCAGAAGCAGUUUGCAGCGUGCGUUCAACCAAUAACAGCAUUCCAACCUCAUCCUCUAGCUGUGAUCAAGCAACCAAAACAAAUUGAUGAAGCCUGCAAACAGUUCAUAAAAUUUAAGGAAUGUCAGGCCAAUAUCAGUUGUGUCCCUUUGUGGGCAAAGGGCAUGACUGCCAUGUUCAACUUUGCUUGUGGUAGUGGAUAUGAAACUUACGUGCGGGUACGUCAGUGUAUCCGUAAAACAACCACACGUGAAGAUAUUCGUGAAUGCGUAUCGGAAUUCUCACGUGGUGCACCACAAGUUGCAUGCCGAAGUUCAAACAAAUUACUCAGCUGCGCGAUUCCAUUAAUUACCAACAAAUGUGGUGAAAUCGGAGCAAAAUUUGUCACUGAUUACAUUGAUAAAUUUGCAACAGUAAUCGAUCCUACCUGUAAAAUAUUAGGAGAACAAAGUGAUAAAACUGUUGUUAGUUAUAACUGUACAGAAGAGCAGACUGCUCUCAUUGAUCAUUGUGCUGCACCUAUAAGUGAUCUAACUUCUAGGAUCAAUGAACUAUUUGAGGGUGGACUGCAGCAAUUUUUAUCAAAUGUCAAGGAUUUAGCACCUGUAUUUGCACGAGGCUGUAAUUUAAGCACUGAAUUCAAGCAGUGUUUGGCACCUUUGUUGAAUACUAAAAAUUCUGAGCAGUGUGUGGUUUCAAGUUGCUUAAUCCGUGCUGGAGAUGGAAUAUGUGAUCAGUCUGAUACUGCAAAAGCUAUUGAUGACAAUUUAGGCUGUAUAUUCAAGCAGGCAUCAGAAGCGGAGUUUGGCAAAUGCUUGCGCUCAACAAUAAGCACUCUGAAACAAUUCGACUUGAAAGCUUUGCGAAGUGUUCUGCCACAAUUUGUGGAUUGUGUUGAGCACAUCGUUGUGCGACGCUGUGGCUCCACGCCUAUUAAUAUUUUACGCGCUAUCAGCGCAACGGAGAAAUGUCCGAUUCUAACAGAUUCUGAGAAAGAAUUAAAUAAGAUAGAGGCAGAAAUUUGUAGCACUGAAAUGGAGCGUAAACAUUUGGAUUGUGUUGAGAAAUUUUAUCAAACUUAUCAAAUGCAACCGAUCACUCUAAUCAAUGAUCCUCAAUCAAUCGAUACGUUAUGCCUGGAAUCAUCAAAGUUAUCCAACUGUUCCUACCUUGCCUGCGAAGACGAUGAGCAAAAAGCAUUUAACAAAUUAGUCGACUAUAUAUGUACAAGACAUGAAGCUUACAAAAAAAAUUCAGUGUGUCUUACAUUGGUUGCCCAUUCAUUAAAAAGCACAAAGUGUAUUGUGGAUGAAUCCGCAAAAGACUGCUUCUCACUGACAAAUACUGCCAACUGCGCUGCAUCACACAUAAAUGAUGCUUGUGGCUUUGAAGCUUUAACUAUACAAAUACCAAUCGCAACUUUGAAAACAAACUGUUCUGAAACGGAUAUUAUUGAAUAUUUGCAGUGUGAAAAUUUUAUUGAUCGCUUCUCAUUUACGCCCCUUUCAUUUAUAAGAAAUAGUUCACAAUGGGAUCAAUUUUGUGCCGCAAUUAACGGUUAUGAAAAUUGCGUGAAUAAGAUGCAAUGCCAUGUUGAACCAGUCUCAUCUGCUAAUACUGCAUUAUUUAAAACAAUAUGUGGUAAAGAAAAGCUUAAAACUUCAGAAUACUUACCUUGUCUAAGUCAAUUUCACGCAAGUCAAGUUGGAAAAAGUUGCUACGAACCAUUUAUCAGCUUUGAUCUCAUAGCUAAAGAUAGUCCAAAGCGAAUAUGCGCAAGCAUUAGGAAUAUGCUUUCUUGUGCAUCGGUUUCACUAUCAUCACAAUGUGGCAAAGAUGCAUUACACCAUCUGAUUCGAAUGCUGGAAAUUUGGCUACUAAAAUUUGACAAAGGUUGUACAAUCACUGAUUUCUUAUCGACUAAGGAAACUAAAAUUGAUGAACUGUCGAUUGAUUCUAAGCCAACGCAAAUCCCAAUCGAUGAAAUUGCUGAUGAUCAAACCCAAACUUCUCUAUCUAAUCUGUCAUCUAAGUCAACCGCUAAUUCUAAGAUAUCAGAAGCUAGUAAUGAAGAAUCUACGUACAUAGGCGAGCAUACUAGUAUAAUGCCUUCGUCACCCUAUUCUAUUCACAAUUCCAUAACUAAUCUACCAUCAGUGACAACAUCAGUCGCUAACUUCUCAAAGUCUUCCGACUCUUCUCCUUUGCCCGCAUCAAAAGCUACUACAGCUACCACAGAUACUGACAUGAAGCAACGAAUGAGAGGAUCAGCACAAAUGUAUCAGUUCUCAUCCGCCUUAUUAGUUCUUGUGAUCAUAUUAAAUACGAUUUCUGUAUAG